CAGCAGCAUGAAGCUCGCCGGGCAACCCGGCACAGUGGCCAACAAGUUACUUCGGCUGGUUUACCUGAUACCCCGGUUCGGAAGCGCCGGUCUGAAGUCUCUCCCACUUCUGAAAAUUCUUAUCCCAAGACAGGUUAUUUCAGACAACCUCUUAAUCCGUCCGAUUCAAAUUAUCAGGUGACACCUCCCUCAUCUUCUGGCGAGUCAACAGCAACCCAACUCCCUUCUCUUAAAACUGUAGCUGGAGCCAAAGCCAGACCCAGCAAGAAAGCUCGGGUCAACAAUCCGUCAGAAGACCAGGUGGUUUUUGAAGAAGAUCAAAUAGGUGAACCGGACCAAACUUGUGAACCGAAGGGUCCUCAUCCUGAAGCUACCUUUGAUGAUCCGCCCCUUCAAGACCAGAAUAUUGGUGAACAACCAGAAGCUGAUCCUGCGGUGCCCGACACUGAACCGGCGGCUCCAAACCGGGCUAGUCCGGUGAAAGGCACUGAUACUACUGAAGGCCAAGGAGAUGAUGUUAUCAUUACUGGCAUGGGCCACAGCUCUCCUGGCCAUCGUGUAAUAUUAGCUCAACACAGUGCCAAAGAGGAACGUGCUGCCAGGGAAAAGGGUAAAUGGAGCACUGAGUUAUCAAGUUAUGCUCAUCUUAGUGCUGAAGAACUUCAGUCCGGUUUCUUAAACCGUCUGCACUCAAACCGUGACUAUGAAGCCGGUUUGGUGAACUUGAUGAAGGAACGCUAUGAGGCCGAGCUAAGCAAUAGAGAUGCUCGAACGGCUGAUUUGCAAGAGAACGUGAAGUCCCAACAAGCAGAAGCUGCGAAAGCCAAAGAGGAGCUGACUAAAGCCCUGACAGCGAUGGAAAAGCUAAAAGAGUCUUUUAACAAGGAACGCGCUGACUGGGAAACCGAGAAGGCCGGUUUAACCAAAAGAGCCGAGGAUGCCGAAGCAGCCCUGAAGCCAGUUGUAGAUGAACUAACUGGUUUGAAGCGGCAAAUCAACGCCAUGACAUCCGCCAUUUUUGGCACUCGUAUUGCUCAUCUGGGCACGGAUAUGCGGAUGAAGCUUAAAGCGGCUUAUACCUUGAUUGAACAGCUGUACUCUGGAUCCCAGCAUGCUAUUUGCACUGCGGCUUAUAACAAACCGGCGCCAUCACUGAUAAAGGAAACUCUGGACAAGCUAGCCAUGUUACCAGCCCGGAUUACUGAACUGAAGAAGUCAGCCGCAAGAGCAGGAGCGCUGACCGCACUAAUCCGGGCCAAAGCAUGGAUUCCAGAUCUUGAAGCGGAUGACAUCAUUAAAGGAUAUCCAGGUGUGAAGGAGGACGGUUCAAACUUCGACAAUGAUGAUCUCCGAAGGCUAACAAUAGAGAUGCGGCCAAUAGCCAGCAAACUGGCAGAAGAUACAGACUUAUCUCAUUUCCAGCCGGCUUACGACCUUGAAGGGAAAAGACAGCCUGCCGAAAUCCAUUAAGUCGAAGAACUUGUGCCUACAAUCCGUAAGCAUACUUAUGCUCCUGAUAUUAACCCCUCCAGCCUUAUCCAUGAAGAGGUCGUGUUUCAAGCUUUAACCGGAAUCGAUUGGUCGACGGUUGAUUUCCAGCGUCUGGGGAGGGAUGAAGAAGAAGUGAUUGCACCAAAUGACCCUCAACCAUCAAACCGUCCAGACGAAGCAUCUUAAACCGGCAGCCGGUUUACUAGCUAUUGUGUGCCAAUGCUGAAAAACAAUUACUCAAUUGGAGCCGUUUUGAAGCUUCGUGUAAUAGGAUAGCAAAAACUCCUUUAUCUGUCAUGCCAUCGAGCAUGUGUUGUGGUGCUUUGAUAUUCUGAAAACUUGCUCCACUUUUUGGGAUCUAUUUAUGCAUAGCCCAUGACGAUUUGUGUUUCUGUAUACAAGAACUUGAAAGUGUCCUAGUGGUUUACCACUGGACGGGUCAUAAUGCCCAAACAUAGACAAUACUUGGAUGGAUAAUCAAAGUAUAAUAAUAUCUGCAACAUAUCUCAUUGGC